AUGUGGGGCAUCACAUCGGUGAUCGGAUUGGAUGUACCUAUCAUAAUCUUUAGCAGCAUCACCUUGUUGUGGUCCAUUGCCCUCUUAAUAAUCGACGACAGACGACAGCGAUAUGCAAUUCGACACAUCCUUGUUGGGCUUACAAGUAGCCUUAUUCUCAUUGGCGCUGUAUUCGACCUAAACGCUGAUGCAGUGAAUGAAUGGGCAGCUACAAGUAGAGUAGGCUUUGUUAUGCCUAUUGUUUGCUUCCUGAUAGCACGAUCGCUUGCAUGGUGCAUCUAUUUUGAUACCUUGCGCACUACAGCUAUUCCAAAUUCGAUACGUUCGCAACCAACAUUCUUCCUAUUCAUUGUUGCUGCAUACGUAUGGACAGCCGUAACGAUACUUGCGAGCAUCUUAUGGACCGCUACCUUUUCAACAUAUGGCCAAGCGGGCAAGGUUGACCUGGAGGCCGCCUUUGGUACUGGCACUUUUGGAUUAUCGGUAUUCCUUGCUCUCAGCAUUCUCUUGCAACGCGAGAUUUUUCUCAAACCCCGCCAACGCUUCAAUUUAGAGCGUCCUUUGGUGCAUUUGCAUUGA